UAGCAAGCGGUGCAAAUAUAAAAACAGGAACCUCUGAUGUUAGAAAAUGUAUGAAUGCAAAGAAGCAAAAAAAAAUAGCUACAUCUGAACAUUUACUCAUACAUCAGUGCUGCAGGUCGGGAAAAAAGCAGGAUUUUGGUGAAGAACACUAAUAAUCAGGCUUAAUCAUCAAAUCUCUGCAAGCUUUUGCUCUUAUAGCUGGUGUGUGAGUGUCACAGCGUCCAGAGACAUGGCCCCCUCUCUGGCCACAGCUUUCUCCCGCCGCUGGUGGAUGGCAGUGACAGCGGUGAUUGAGAGUCUGCUCUUCUCUGCUGUACUUCUGGGAUGGGGCUCAUUACUCAUCAUGCUGAAAUCAGAGGGUUUUUACGCCACCCUCUGCAAAGAACCAGGCAACAAUACAAUGCAGAAUGCGUCUGAGAAGAGUAUAGGAGCCACAGUAAGCCCAGAUAACAAUAGUGAAGAGUUCUUGCAAAUGAAUGGCUGGCCCAUCUGUAAAGAACAGGAUGAGAUGCUAAAUCUGGCCUUCACCAUUGGCUCCUUCCUUCUAAGUGCCAUAACUCUCCCGCUGGGCAUCAUCAUGGACAAGUACGGGCCGCGGAAACUUCGCCUGGUUGGCAGUGCCAGUUUUGCCAUCUCCUGUCUCAUGAUGGCUCAUGGAGCCAGUGAUCCGAGGAAUCUCUCAGUCCUGAUCUUCUUUGCUCUGGCACUGAACGGGUUCGGGGGCAUGUGCAUGACCUUCACUUCCCUCACUCUUCCCAACAUGUUUGGAGAUCUGCGCUCCACUUUCAUUGCACUCAUGAUUGGAUCCUAUGCCUCUUCUGCUGUCACUUUUCCAGGCAUUAAGGUGAUCUAUGACUUGGGCGUGGCCUUUAUCACCAUCCUGCUUGUCUGGGCCUGCUGUGCUGGCCUUGUCUUCAUCAACUGCUUCUUUAACUGGCCCCUGGAGCCCUUUCCUGGACCCGAGGACAUGGACUACACUGUGAAGAUCAAGUUCAGCUGGCUGGGCUUUGACCAUAAGAUCACAGGCAAGCAGUUUUACAGGCAGGUGACCACUGUGGGUCGUAGACUCAGUGUGGGGAACUCUAUGAAAAACCAACCCAAAAUGCUGGCUACGCAGGAUGGAAAUAAGAUCUGCUUGUCCACCGUUGACCUAGAUGUGCAGUGCAAGUCUACAGAGGAGUCUCAGUCAUUCAUGCGCAGUGUCUUCAGCCCCAUCUUCCUGCUCAGCCUCAUCACCAUGUGUGUCACUCAGCUGCGACUCAUCUUCUAUAUGGGAGCCAUGAACAGCAUCCUGGAGUCGUUUACUGACAGAGACCUCAGUAGAGUGGAAAAGAUGGAAGUGGUGAGCACAUACACCUCUAUCUUUGGUGUGCUACAGCUGCUCUGCCUCUUGACUGCUCCAGUGAUUGGCUACAUCAUGGACUGGAGAUUAAAAGAGUGUGAGGACAAGAACGAGAAGCAAAUCACCAAAGACCCCACCCAGCCAAAGAAGCGUGAUAGGCAGAUUCAGCAGAUCAGCAAUGCCACCAGAGCCUUUAUCUUCACAAACCUGCUGCUAGUGGGCUUCGGAUUUACCUGCCUUAUCGCCAAUCUUACUCUGCAGAUUUUCUCCUUUAUAUUGCACACCAUCGUGCGAGGUUUUAUCCAUUCUGCUGCAGGAGGCCUAUAUGCUGCUGUGUACCCCUCCUCUCAGUUUGGCAGUUUGACAGGACUGCAGUCUUUGAUCAGCGCUCUUUUUGCUCUUCUGCAGCAGCCUCUCUUCAUGGUCAUGAUGGGCCCUUUAAAGGGAGAUCCUCUCUGGGUAAAUGUGGGCCUGCUGGGUCUCAGCAUGCUGGGCUUCUGCCUCCCUGGCUACCUGCUCUGUUUUGGGAAACAGCUGCGCAAGGAAAAACGGGAACGGGAGGACGACCCCAAGAUCUGUCUCAAGAUCAACAACGGCAACAACCAAGAGGCCUUUGUCUGAAAAUGGGCUCACACAUGAACUGCAUGAGUCAGGCUGAGAACCACGACGCAACAGAGAGGAAAUGAGAGAGGAAUAAAAAAUUGCAACCGGUGUAAUUCAACUAUCCUUUUUCCCUUAUCCAUCUCUAGCCAUGUUCCACUACUCUUACACAAACAGAAACACAAAGACACACAGGCAAAGCAGCAAAGACAGUUGAAAGUGACAGUGUUCCACCUUAAAAAUUUUACACACUGUACUCUCAGUACCAGAUUUUCUGGGUAAAACAACAGCAUAUGUUUACUGGAAAAUAUUUCUUUCGAAUUAGCAUCUAGCUACUCCAUCUAUCUGCUUCUCCUAGAGCAAAAAAGCCAGGUCAGCUAAUAAUACCUUUGUUUUUAGGUAUGAUUACAAUAUUUACUGAGAGUAUUUUACUAAUCUCUGUUCGAUAUUUUGCCUCAUUUUGCAAGCCUGAUCUAUAUUGAUUCUAUAGCGAUGAUACCAACAAUAUAGUUUCAGUUGGAUUCUUUCCUAGUUAAUGAACACUGUGAAUCAACAAGGCACCACAUGUGAUGCUACCUGCACUGGUGCUCCUCUCAUAAAUAACCACUUAUCAAAGAGCUCGUAGUACUUUUGAAUAUAACUGACAUGGGCCACAUACACACUACCUACAGUAUGGCUUGACACAUCAAGAGUGUGCAAAGAAAGAAGAAAGUAGAGAAGAAACUCCACAAAGACAUGCUAUCUUACUAUCUAAUAUUCCUGUUCUUUGUAUUAUAGAUAUACAGACAUACAGUACUAGGACAGUAUGAUCUCUUCCAGUUGGACCGCAUGCUUAAACUACAUAAGAGAAAAUGACUGCUGCAAUUGUUUUCAGACUGCAGUAUUGCAAUAUUUCCAGUUAUUUUUACUGUAACCUCAGUUACGUGACUUGACAAGUAACUGAAAUUCUUGUUCCUCCAGUGUUUACAACGUUCUUAUAGUCAUAAAAACAGGUCCUAGCCGAACUCUCCUGCUUUGUGAUACUUUAUGAAUGCAGACCAGGCCAGAUACCGCAGCAUGCUACACGCUAGGUGUGGGAAAGAUGACAAAAAUAUCAUAUUGCGAUAUUUGAAAUCUCCAAAAGAUUUAUUUUAUAUAACUAUAUUUAGUUUUGCUGAGAUUUAACAUGACAGUAGGGUCAUAUUAUGAAAUAUUCAGAGAUUUACUCAAAAUUAAAGUAUUUAAGUUACAGCAAUAAUGAAGAAGCACAGACACUGCUUGACACUGCUAACAAUACUCAUAAAAGUGUAUCAUGAUAUUAAUAUGUCGCAAUAUCGAUAUCAUGUUGCCGCACUUACUACACAGAACACAGCAUGGUCAUGAGACUGCAGCUUUUCCUUAAUGGAGCAUAUCUGAAACAUGCUGCAUGUACUUAAUUAGAAAGAAAUAGCGCUUCAUUUUAAGAUUUUUUUUUAAAGAUCUGUUAAAGAUGCAGCAUUUGAUCUCUGAUAGUAUAUGAUUUGACCUGAUCUGGUAAUUAGCAAUGAAGAAGCAUAGUUUGCCAUGUGGCAUGUUUUGCAAUAUAUUUUAGUUUAAGAUUAUCAGAUUGUUGCAGUAGUAAUAUUAUUCAAAAGUUGUUUUGGUUUUUAAACAGCUACUUGACAGUAAAUAAGUCACUAAGGACAUGGUAGAAAAUCACACAUAGUACAACACACCGAACUUUCACCAGCAAUAAUGUGCAACACCAUAUUGAAUAGUUCUUAGACUGUAUGUAUUGUACGGUUAUCAAUGUGUCAGUGCGUUUCCACCAACCUGCUCAUCUAGUAUUCGGUUAUAGAGCUUGUUGUGUCAUGUUAGAUAUAAUUGUUGUUAUUAUAAUUGUACAUUUUUGUUUUUUAUUGUGUUUUUUUGUUUGUUUGUUUUUUGUGGUAAAAACAGACCUGAGUAACUCUUCAAGUGUUUUUACCAGCAAAGUAGCAUGACCCCAUUCAAUUUUGCUCUAUCUGAUGAGUUUGUGUUUUAGGAAAGAGAUCAAAUUAGAGACAUCAUACUGUUGGAUAAAGAUUAGGGAGUUAGCUUGCUUCUGCUAGUAUUUAGAGUGGAUGUGUGCUGUAAUCCUUCUCUAUACAGAGACCAGCCAAAGUGUUUAGUUGGCAGUCUGUCAUCGUUGUGCUCAAGGGCGCUGGGUGUUUUCCUGUUUCUGUGUUUACCUAAAUGAUCCUAAACAGAGUAGAGCAGGUAUACUAUUUUCAUGAUAAUCAAGUAUUAUUUCAAACAAUCUUACAAACGUAGGGUGUCUUCUCUUUUUAGUCGCUUUGUGGCAAAAAGAAUUUUGGCUAAACUUGAAUUUACUUUGAUAAUCAAAAAGAGAGGUGCUUGAAAUGAUGCUGUAUCUCAACUCAAGUCCCACAUUCAUGUAGCUGAAAUACUGUAAGGCUGAGAUGCGUUUGGCACUCAGUGUUCUCAUUUCAGUCUAUUUACCUCAACAGUUUACGGGGCGAUAUAGAAUUAUUAAAAUUAUUUGAGAUAAGCUUUUUACUAAAAGCAUAUUAUAGUUUCAUGACUCGUAUUCAAAUGAAUAUCCUGUCGACUGUUAGUUAUAUGAUAGUCACCGCUCUAAGACCCUGUGUAGUGAUUCAUCAUAUGAUGUGACUGUCACAGAGAAACAUCUCUACUGCCUAAGUAAAUGAGUGCUGUGGUUAAAAAGUGGCACUACUGCACUUUGAAUUUCACAAGGAUGAUAGAUCAGCAAAAUUAAAAAUAAAAGUCUUUGCUGUGCAUAUAAACAGAUGACAGCUUGAGGUAUCAACUUGAGUGUACACCUGAAUAUAUGGCACUUCUCAGUCUUUGUAUUAUACCAAAGUUAGGCCAAACACAGCAUCAAUGAUUUUUUUUUCCUGAGAUGUUUCACUGUGACUUUAGUAGAAUGGCUUUGAGUUGUGUGAAGAAACAGGUUAAAUCUUUUUACACCCUAGUGUUUGUUUCUCUUCAGAGAAAUUUGUACUAAAGAAGGAGAUUACCUGUGUAUUGAGCAUGUGUGUGACCUGGUUGAACAGGUUUUUACAGACUUAAAUGUUUAGAUAUAAUUGAUGGGAUUUCACAUUAAUUCAGUACUGUAAUACAGCACAGUGAAUGUGGGACUACAACUUUAAUACCCCCCAAACUCUACCCCACAAUGCACACAUACACACACACACACACACACACACACACACACACACACACACACACAAAAUGCACUUUUUUAAACUGCCAUACCUUAAUUGCUCACCCUUAUAAUGCAAAUGUGUACAUGUAGGUUUUUAAAUGUUUGAUUGCUCCUGCUUAUUUUGACUGAUAACUAAUAGAAGCAGAUAAAGGACACAUGAUUUUGGGAUUCUGAAGUGUGGAAAGUAAUAUCAGGUGAAACACCGAUGUUUUUCCUCAACUUGUAUUUUGUACUUCAUUGAACUGUAGCCUAUUUUGUUACUUUUUUCAUCUUUUAUAAGCCUUUUUUCUGUUAUGUGUGAAAGAUUUUGUCUCAAUCCGCUAUACAGCAUUUGGUUACUUUGAUGUAUAUCACUAUUCAGCACAUGUUUGAUUUUUAAAUUAUUUUAAUCAAAAAAAUCAAAUAUAUGGAAAAUAAAUCUAAAUGCAAAACUCA